CCCUCUCCCUCCGCCCCCACGGAAAGAAAAAAAAAAAACCUUUUUUAUAUCACAUCUCGGAAUUCUUCGGGUCCUCGGGCUCGCCGCGAGAGAGAGCGAUCCCGUUCUCGCCGGCCCCCGCUGCUCCCGGCGAUUCUCCCGGAUUUUCUGGUCCAGACAGGGCUGCAGCAGAGAAGACUCUUCACCAAGAGAAUUGCGGUGCUUCAUCAAGAAAGGAAAGGAUAUACCAUCGGAUAGAACCGCCGGCGUAUCAUCCUGAAGAACGGGGAUUGAAGGAAAUAAACUAGCUCUCUUCUCCAAGGCAUCUUCUGACUGAUUCGCAUGGUUAGGCCUUAAGAACGUACCGUUCCCGGUGCAGAUCAUGAAGAUUGAUAAUGAAAGGCCUUAUCAUAGUAAUGUUUUUCAUGAGCCUGUAUCCACUGGUGGGGCUAAAGUAGACUGUGAACCUGAAAAGGAAACUAAGAACAAUCUUUUGUCAGAUAAGAUGGUUGAACAGACCAAUCUAUCAGAACACACGUUUGUGAAGUCUGAGCAUCAGAAUGGAGGUAAAACCAGACAAAUAUGGAUCGAUGAUGUUUCUUAUGACAAGGAUGUUGCUGAGAUCAACCUGCCAGAUGAUGUGGUUUCUUCUGAUUAUGGUGGCAAUUUUGUCAAGGAUGUAUGCAUUGAUGAGGGAGUGCUUACUGAUAAGAAGGCUUCGGUAGAGAAGGUAGAAAGCGAAAAGAUUUUCCCAUACUUUGAUUCUUCAACGGGCGAUGCAAAUGCUGAUCUGACGGAAGACAUAAGAGUUGAUCCUCUGGAAACUGCACAUAAGACAGAUAUAAUUACCCUGCAUGUCGCACGUGCUACUGAUGGUAAUAGUAUGGAAGAAAUAAGAGUUGAUCAUGUGAAAACUCCUGAAGUGCGUGAUCUUGAAGGCAACAAGAGUACAGAUGACUCUACCAAUACAAAUGUUGAGAAUUUAAGCCCCAGAAAGUCAUUAAGUAAUGAAGCUGCAGAACAGUGCCAGCAGAAGAGCACAGUAAUUCAUGAGACCUCUGAAACUCACAAGCCAUUUUGCGUGGUAGAAGCAAUUGAUGAGGUUGCAUCAGACGAUUUUCAUGAAGCUAAAGCUAGUAUUUCACCAGAGGCUGGUAACCUCAAUGGUUUACCGGUUGAAUCAACUUCUGAUGGGUUCUCAGCGACAAAUCCUGAAGAAGAUGUUGGUGCACAAUUAGAUGAGAGAGGAUUGAAUCCAGCUACUCACUAUAACCCUUUUAUCGCUUAUGGAUCUUUCGAGGAUUCAUGGGAACCAAAGUAUGCUCUACCCAGCAUCGUCGACGAUGUUUCUGUUGUACCUAUCUGUCCUGUUGGAAAGACUGAUAGCUUCAGUGAUCUCGUCAACGGUGGUACACUGAGGCUGGGGGUCCAACCAUCUGAAGAGAGUAAUGAUCAGAGAGGAAGUCUUGUUGAAAGGACAGAUAGUUUUAGUGAUCUGGUGAAUGGUGGAGCAGGAGGCUUUGAUUCGAUUGUAACAGAUGAAACCAAAAUCAAACACAGUAGAUUAGAUUCCAUAGAAGAAAGUUCAGGUAGAUUGGAUGUCCAAGCAUCUGAAGAGAGCAAUGAUCAGAGAGAAGAUCUUGUUAACGAGAUGAGAACUGGCGGUGUACAUGGAAUGGGUACUAGCGGUGCAGAGCCUAGUGAGGCCAUGGGUGAUAACCAUCCAAAAUGUGAGACUGAUACUUUCGAAGAUGCACAUGAUUUCAACCCAAGAGACAUGGAGGAGGAUGACACAAAUGUAAUCAAGGACAAGAACGACAGUAAGAGUACUAGGCUUGCACAAACGGAGUCGUUGGUUCAGCAAAAUGGACCUGAUAGUGCAAGGCUGAUGGCUCGAACCGGCAUUCGCAACCCCUUUGAAUCAAGCUUCUCCGGAGCUAGUAUCACCUCGGAUGCACUAGCACCCUCUGCUCACAUCGGCAACGUUUCUCUCCGUUCAGAUAGUAGCACGACAAGUACUCGAUCAUUUGCAUUCCCAGUGCUACAGACGGAGUGGAACAGCAGUCCGGUGAAGAUGGCAAAGGCGGACCGUAGGCGUUUCAGGCGAGAUCGAAGCUGGGGUUACAGACUCCUCUGCUGUAAAUUCUGAAUGUGCUUGCUGCUGCAAAUUUUUCCUGUUUGUGUCCAGCUCAUGGCCGGCUUCGUGCCUGAGCUCAUGUUAGCCUUGUUAAAUUCAUUCAAAUUCUGACCAUUUAUCCCUUUCCCUGCCUCCUUGUUCUUGCUAUCUCUCUGCCCCCACAUGCCCUGCUUUUUUUAUUUACCAAUAGCAGGUUAAUGGCUUGUCGGAUUCGGUAGUGGCUUGUAAUUUGCAUCGUGAGUGAGAAAUGAAAGUAUAGCUCUUGUUA